UCCCACACCUCGGCCCCCCCAACCUCUGGCACCCCCCCCGCCCUCCCCGUCGCGCGUCAUCGCCGGCGCGGCGCCGAGGAGGAACCGAAACCUCGGGGCGGCUAAAUCGGGACCCCGGGGGGGGGGGAAGGGGGGAGGGGGAGGGGAUUUGGGGCCGGGGGGAGGGAAUUUGGGGCCGGGGGAGGGAAUUUGGGAGCGAGGGUGUUGCCGGGGGCGUGCCGGGGGCUCCGGCAAACCAUGGCCCGGCAGGAGACCUACGGCAACUGGUUGGGCCCCCCCGCGCCCCCCAAACGCCUGACGAGGCAACCCGGAAUUUACUCCUCCACCGGGAAAAUGUCCCCGGUGGGCGACUUCAGACCAGGGUCCCUGGACAGUUUUGAGGACGAUUACGACGACGUGUCCCUGGCGGAGUCGGAGCGGGAACCUCGGAGCAAACCCGGGACAGUUUACACCCUGGCGGGGUCUCCAAACCCUCCCCGGGCCGGACCUUUCCCCUCCGCCGGAGCCGUCGCCGCUUUUCCCGGGAAAGCCGAGCUGGAGCCGGAGCCCCAAGGCCGGGACCGGGAUCGGGAUCGGGACCGGGAUCGGGUACUGGGCUGUACUGGGAUGGCACUGGGCUGUACUGGGAUGGCACUGGGCUGUACUGGGAGGUCCCUGGGUGUUACUGGUCCAUCCUGGUCCAUCCUGGUCCAUACUGGUCCAUACUGGUCCAUACUGGUCCCAGUGCUCCAGGAGCUGGCAGCGGCCCAGCGGCGGCAGACGCGGCUCCGGGGUUGGAUCCAGCAGCACUUCCAGGAGCUCCAGGAGGUCACAGGGCUGCUCUGCCGGACCCUGGAGGGCUCCCGGCGCUGCUCGGCGGGGUGGCAGCUUUUUGGGAAGAGCUGCUACUCCUUUUCCUGGGAAUCCUGGAGCUGGGGGGAGGCCCGGGACGCCUGCGCCGACCUGGGCUCCCACCUGGUCGUCGUCAACUCCGAGGAGGAGCAGGAAUUCCUGCUGGAGAACACGAACCGGAGCAGCUCCUACUGGAUGGGAAUGACGGACCAGGAGGGAAAAGGGAAGUGGGUUUGGAUCAACGGGGAAAAUCCCGACUUCAGUUUUUGGACAAUUCUGGGCGAGGCCGAGGCCGAGGAUCUGAGGAAUUGUGGGAUCAUCGGCCCCAAAGGAUUCUGGAGCAACGACCUUUGUUCCACCCCCCACCCCUGGAUCUGCGAGAAAUCCUGGAAUUGCUGACCCGGAUCCCGCUUUUCCCACUUUCCCCACGAUUUAACCCUCCCCCAAAACCCCCAAAACCGCCAAAAUCCCCC